AUGAAUAAUAAUUAAACUUCUCAUGAAAUUUAAUCUUCUAAGCAUGCAAAGAAAUCUUUUUCCAUAACUUCCUUGUAACCAGAUCCAAACAAACUUAGGAAUAACAAAAUACUUAUCAAUAACAUUUAAAUUAGUCGAGGAGAUUCUAUGAGUCGAAUGUCCUAUGUUGAUAAAGAAGAUUACAUCGAUUAAAUCUAAAAAUUAAAAAAGGACAACAAUCUACUAAGAAUUGAACUCAAGUAAGUUAAGUCUCAACUUAUGUAUUAUCAGGUAUAAAGUAUUUAAUUAAGAAAGAACUCGAUAGUUUAUAAUCAUAAUGUUAGGAAUCCGAUACUAUUUCUGUUCCACUUUAAUAGUAGGUAAAAAUCAAAUAACUUCUAAAAACACUCUCGUAAAAAGAAUCAGAGAUUGAGUCACUUAAAAAACUUUUGAAAAUUGAUUAACUUAAUGAACAAUAAGAGCAAUUGUAAAAACUGAAAGCACUUUGUGAAAUAUAAAAGUAGAAACUUUUAAAUAGUGAAACAGAAAUAAUCAUUCCAUCUAAAACAAAUGUUUUAAGAAGUUUGGAAGAUGACAAUAUUCGACUUGUUUAAAUUGUAACUGGUCUUGAAGAGAAGUUGAAAGGAUUUGAUCAAAUAAAAAAAUAAAAUACAAUCUUUUAAAGUAAAAUCUAAAAUCAAUAAAAAUUAAUCAUUUAAUUAUAAUUAGAAAUCAGAUAAUACAAAGAUAGAGACACUGUUUUUGCAAAUAAAGUUACUUAAUAAAAUAAAUAAGAAAAUGUUAUUCAAAAAUUAACAUCAGAAAUAAAUAAAUUAAGCUAAACAACUUAAAAUUAAUAGUCAUAAAUUGAUAAACUUAUGUCAAAUAUUCAAAAUUAAUAAGAUAAGUAUGAAAAAAUCAUUAUGGAAAAAGAUGAAGAAAUCUUAACAUUAAGAAUUAAAAUAGAAAAUAUUAAUAAAAUAAUGAAUGAAGAUCAUUAAGGGCUAUCAGAAUAGAGAAACAGAAAAAAUAGUAAAAAUACGCCAUUAUUCAAGCCAUCUUCAUUUGGUAAUAUUAAUGGCAAUUUCAAAUUGAAUUAAGACUUUGUUCUCUCUUCUUAAAGAUCUUAAAGUGCAACUCAUCGUAAAAAAGUUGUCUUAAUAACAAGAUAAGAUCUUUAACAAGUAAUAAAAAUCCUCAAAUAUCAAUUAUUAAUAAAUCAAAUAAAUCUUAAUGAUAUUGAUUAAGUAAUAUUUAAUAUGAUAUUAUAGUAUUUGUUUUGCUAAAUAUCAUCAGAUGAUAUUCAAUUAAAAGAAUUAGUAGAAUCUUUACAAGUUUCUAUCUUCAAAUUAAAUAAUUAAUAAGCACAUCAACUAGGUCUUUACUUAAUUGAUUCUGAGGAUGGGAAUGAGAUAUAAUCUAAGUAGAGAAUUCGUAGUAUUUUUAAAAAUUUAGUUGAUAAUUACUAAUUCCCAUCAGCUUAAGAAAUUUUUAAUAUAAAAAAAGAAUUAUCAUAAAUAUUUAAUGAAUAGGAACUACAAUCCAUAAAGACUUAACUUAUUCUUAAGUAUGGAAAUUAAAUAAAGAAGCUGUAGAUAUAUGUAAAUUUAUAUAAUGAUUAUAAGGAUUUGUUUGAUACAUUAUAAUAGAAGGACAUUAAAUUAUCUAAGCAAACAAAAGAGUACAUAGAAGCAAUGUUAUUUAAGUUAAAUAAUUAAGCCCCUAACGUAUUUUAGAUUGAUUAAUUGCAAUUAAUAUAUUGUGAUGACGUGUGA